AUGGCUAACCGCUUCAUUCCCAGUGCUCAGACGGCGACGAUACAGAAAUCCUUGUUGCGCUUGUCAGGGACUCUCCGUGGCCACGCGAGGCGAACAACCCCGCCGGCCUCCCCCCCCGGCAGCUCCAGCCCCGACCCCGACGCGGUCACCCUCCCCGGGAGCUUGCAGGACGUACCUGCCGUCGUCGAUGCCAUGGCGCCCAUCCGCCACCUGGCGCAAGCCAAGGAGCGGCCCGAGGUGGCCGCGCUGGCGGCGCGCGCGGGCCUCGACCUGCGCGGAUUCACCUGGCCGAUGCGGCACCACGGCCCGCACCGCUUCCCCGGCCUCAUGGCGGUGGUGUCCCCUCUGGUACGGGCGGGGCUGGAUACCCCCGAGAAUCUGGAGCUGCUGUUUGGGGCGCCAGACGCGGUGGCCAGCCUGCACCGCGAGAUACGCUUCUAUGUGCUGACUGCGCCAGAAGGGCCCUGCCACGCUGGCAGCGCCCGCUGGGCGGCGGCGGCGGCGGGGAUGGCGGGGGGAGGACGAGGGCUGCUCCAUCUGCGCAAGGCCGCUGACCAGCCCGACUGCAUCCGCAUUUGGCUGUCCCGCAAGUCGACCUGCCCUCUGUGCCGCACGCCGGUGCCGGAUGCCGCUCCCCGGCCAGCCACCGCAGAGGAGCUGGCUGAGAUUGCGGCGGUGCAGCGCAUGAACGCCAGGUUUGAAGAGAUCAUGCGGCGGCGGGAGGAGGAGGAGGAGGCAGGCGGCGGCGGCGGCGGCAAUGGCGGCGGCGGCGGCGGCGGCAAUGGCGGCGGCGGCGGCGGCGGCGCGCCCUCUGGCGGCGGCGCCGGCAGGCGGCGGCGGGGCAGCCGGGGCGGGCGGGGCAGCCGGCGGCGGGAGGAGGAGGAGGAGCCGGGUGGCGGCCUCGGCGGCGCCGGCAGCGGCAGCGGCGCCGGCGCGCCCUCUGGCGGCGGCGCCGGCAGGCGGCCGCGGGGCAGCCGGGGCGGGCGGGGCAGCCGGCGGCGGCCGCACCGGCUGGCCGGCUGCGCCGCCGUCGGCGGUCCCAGCUGCCUCUGCCUCAGACUCCUCCUCCUCUUCCUCGUGCUCAGCAGCCUCGGCAGCGGGAAGGAGCUGGUGCUCGGCUGCCGCGGCACCGGCGCAGCGGCACCGGCGCUGCUCCCCUGCCUGCGCAGCGCCGCGGCGAGGCCGUAG